AUGGGGAGCAGCAGUCUGUUCUUCGUCGCAAAAUCCUCUUCCCCUUCCUCUGAAAAGGUUGAGAUGAAGACGAAGAAAGCGAUGAAGCUUUCGAGUCACAGUACUCGCAGCACACGACGGAACUUCGGGGACCUGUCGUUGCAUCGAGAAGAAGGAAAAGAAGAGAGAGACAAUCAUGAUAAUCGUUUGAAGUCGUCGUCGUUGUGGCAAUUGCAUCAAAAGCACCAAAAGUGGUCUUCAACUGUUUUCGUCUCCUCGUGGUGUUUCGUCGCGUGCGUUUUGCUUCCCAUGCACUUUUCUCCUCCUUCUCCGGCGACGGCAUCGACGAUGACGAUGGAAGAAGACUCAAACAUUAGCAGCAUGAACAACGGCAAAGCGCUUUUUAAAGGCGCCGGAGGAUGCAUCGGAUGCCACGCCGCCGGUGGAAAUAUCGUAGAAGCUGGCAAAACGCUCUCGCUUCAAGACUUGCGAAAGAACGGCGCGAACGGUAAAGAAGACGUGGCGGAAGUGAUAUCGUUGGGGAAGAAUAAAAUGCCCGGUUACGGGGAAAACUGCGUCGGGAAAGGUAAGUGCACGUUCGCGAAACGACUGACUGAGAAAGAAAUAGACGAUUUGAGCGCGUUCGUCUGGAACGUCGCCAACGACGAAAGCGAGUCGUCCUGGGCGAAAGCGCUCGAAUGA